AUGCUCAAGAUGAUCCUGUUCCGCAAAUUCCGCGUCUUCAUCCUCAUGGUGUUUCUGGUGGCGUGCACCAUGCACAUCAUGGUCGACCUGUUACCGAAGCUGGAGAAGCGGGCGGCGGGAGCGGACGGCGGCGCGGACGGCGGGUGUCGGUGCGCGCGCGGCCCGGACGAGGGGUUGCAGGGCUGGGGGAAGCCGCGCGCCGCGGCGGCGGCGGCCGAGGCGGCGGCGGCGGGCUGGCCUAACAAGCACACGCUGAGGAUACUGCAGGACUUCAGCAACGAGCCCGGCUCCAACCUCACGUCCCAGUCCCUGGAGAAGAUCGCGGCGGCGGCGGCGGCGGCGGCGGCGGCGGCGGCGGGGGGAGCGGACGGAGCCGAGUCCCGCAAGCGGGCGAGGGAGCCGGCGGCGGGGGGCGCCGAGGAGCGCAAGCCGCUCAUGGGAGACUCGGGCCGGGGUCGGCACGCGGCAGCCCCGGGCGGCGUCUCGCGGCUGUCCGCGCUGUUCGAGCAUCCCCUCUAUAGGGCGGAGCGCCCCCCGCUCACCGACGAGGACACCUUGUUUAACGUCAACACCGACAUCAGGUUCUACCCCAGAGCGACGGGCAACCAGGACUGGCACAAUGAGGGAAACGAGGAGGAGGAGUACCCUCCAACGGGGGAGGUGACGGCGGAGUCCUACCCCAACUGGCUGCGCUUCCACAUCGGGAUCAGCCGCUACGAGCUGUACUCCCGACACAGCGCCGUGCUGGACGCGCUGCUCAAAGACCUGGUGUCUCAGCGGAUCACCAGCGUAGCCAUGAAGUCAGGAGGCACCCAGCUGAAGCUGAUCAUGACCUUCCAAAACUACGGACAAGCCUUGUUCAAGCCCAUGAACUCUCCGCCUGAGUUUUCCCAGCCUAUUCCCAUGUACGCACAGAUAAACAGAGUCCGGGCCAACUGGGCUGCGAUCAGAACCAAUAACAUUUGCUUCUACGGUGAGUGUUCCUACUACUGUUCCACCGAGCAUGCGCUGUGCGGUAAACCGGAUCAGAUCGAGGGCUCGCUGGCAGCCUUCCUGCCCGACCUGGCCUUGGCCAAGCGCAAGACGUGGAGGAACCCCUGGAGACGGUCGUACCACAAGCGCAAGAAAGCCGAAUGGGAGGUUGACCCAGACUAUUGUGACGAGGUGAAGCAGACGCCUCCAUACGAUCGUGGUACUCGACUCCUGGACAUCAUGGACAUGACCAUCUUUGACUUCCUAAUGGGUAAUAUGGACCGCCAUCACUAUGAGACUUUUGAGAAGUUCGGGAACGACACCUUCAUCAUCCACCUGGACAACGGGAGAGGGUUUGGAAAACAUUCCCACGACGAGCUGUCCAUCCUCGUGCCUCUCAGCCAGUGCUGCAGGGUCAGGAAGUCCACUUUCCUACGUCUCCAGCUCUUGGCCAAGGAGGAGUACCAGCUGAGCUCCUUGAUGGAGGAGUCCCUGCUCCGCGACCGCCUGACCCCUGUCCUCAUCCAGCCCCACCUCCAGGCCAUGGACCGCAGGCUCCGGCUGGUACUGCAGGUCCUGAACGGCUGCAUGGAGAAGGAGGGCUACGCCAGCGUCGUGGAGGACGACGUGGCGGGGGACCAGGUCACCCACAGGAGUCCCCGCCACAGGUAGUGCGGUCCAGGCCAGCUUGGACCUCAAGUUGAAAGUGUAAAGUGGACCACGGUCGUGGCUGUCUGACCCGACGGGGAUUGAGCCCAAAUCCCACCUCUGACUUCAUGCUGAAUUCAGUGAAUUCCAAGACCUUCAAUGCCUCUAAGGAAGCUGCCUCCGACUGUAUUCGUGUGGGGCAAAACGUGUUGGGAAAUAUUCAAGAGAGACGAUGCUGAAACGGGGCUUUGUACUUGUUAGAUACAGAUGUACUUUAGUUUUUAUCCGCAGUGUACAAGAAACAUCGGGACCACUGUUUGUGUUCCGUGAUGUGUUUGUUUUCAACACGGCGGCGUGGCCGCCAUGUUCUGCUCAGUGUUCAUACAUGAUAGCGUGACCAAAUGAGAUGCUCCACACAGGACCCGCGUGCUCAGAUUAUAUAAGCUUUGGCACUGCGUCUCCACUUCCGGGAAGGUCGGAAAUCCCGUAUGUGGCUCUAACACAGCUUCCUUGACCAAGGGAUGCCCGCGUGGGUCAUUUCUCACCUGUUGAGAGGAUCAGUAAGUGAUGACAGGCCCGGGCGUACCGUCACGUGCCGCUGUCAUCGUUCAAAUUGAUGAAAUCGGCCCAACACCAACCUGCCAACAGCACCACUAGACAUAUACACACUUCAUCCGGGUAGUGUGGCGGUCUGUUCCCUUACCUACCAACACAGGGAUUUUUGGUUCGAAUCCCCGUGUUCCCUCCGGCUUGGCCGGGUGUCCCUACAGACACAAUUGGCUGUGUCUGCAGGUGGGAACCCGGGUGUGGGUAUGUGUCCUGGUCGCUGCACUAGCGCC